GGACCUGUUGCUUCGCAGUUCCGCGUUGUGCAAUGGAUGGGUGAGUUAAACCCCUUUUCGCUUUCCUCCUUUUCCACUCCAUCUCCGACACUUUCCACCCGUGUGAAGGACCGAGGCGUGAGGAUUUUUCCGGGUGAUGUUUUACGCAAAGCGGCUCUUGUUUCUCUUGUCUCUAAAGUAGUGUUUAUAUCAGGAAGCGGACCCGUGUGUGGUUAGCCUUAGCAUUAGCAUGGAAACGGGCCAUUUCCAAGUCAACACCGAGCUCCAUCCGCAGGAUCUGAGAGGAUCUGACGAGCUUCUGUCCAGUGUCUCCAACGGCCCGUAUAUCAUGAGCACCACAGCCAAUGGCAGUGACAGUAAGAAGUUCAAAGCAGAGAUGCGCGGCUCUCCCUCUCGGGUGCUGCACAUCCGCAGACUGCCCACAGACGUCACAGAGACUGACAUCAUCGGCCUGGGUCUGCCCUUCGGAGACGUCACUAACCUGCUCAUGCUCAAGGCCAAGAACCAGGCAUUCCUGGAGAUGAGCUCAGAGGAUGCUGCUCAGAACAUGGUGGAGUAUUACUCCUCAAUGCUACCUGUGGUCAGAAGUCAGCCGGUGCACGUCCAGUUCUCCAACCACAAAGAGCUGAAGACGGACAACUCUCCAAACCAGGAGAGGGCGCAGGCAGCUCUCCGUGCCCUGAGCUCCUCCCACUUGGACCCUGCGGUCCCGCCUCCCAGUGCAGUGCUGCGUGUGGUGGUGGAGAACAUGGUGUGUGCACCAGGUGCCGUAACCAUGGACACGCUCUACCAGGUUUUCUCAAAGUUCGGCACAGUUUUGCGGAUCAUUGUUUUCACCAAAAACAGCCAGUUUCAGGCGCUGCUGCAGUACUCAGACGGACAGGCUGCUCAGGCUGCUAAAGUGUUGCUGGACGGUCAAAACCUGUACAACGGCUGCUGCACCCUGAGGAUCAGUUUCUCCAAACUCACUGCUUUGGACAUCAAGUUCAACAACGAACGCAGCCGUGACUUCACCCGCCCGGACCUGCCCAGCGGAGACACGCCUGCCAUGGAGCACCCACCACCCAUGGCCACCGCCUUCACUCCUGGUCUGAUCCCUGCUGCUCCGUAUCCUACCGCCACUCACGCCUUUCCACACGCCUUCACCAUCCAACCCACAGUGUCGUCGUAUCCAGGCCUGGUCCCUGCCCUCCCAGGCGCUCUCACCUCUCUGUCCCUGCCCGCUGCCUCUAGACUGAGCUUCACGGCUCUCCCUGCAGCCAACGCAGUGCUGCUGGUCAGCAACCUCAACCCAGAGAGAGUCACACCACACUGCCUCUUUAUUCUCUUCGGCGUGUACGGUGACGUGAUGAGAGUGAAAAUCCUCUUCAACAAAAAGGAGAACGCUCUGGUGCAGAUGGCCGACCCCACGCAGGCUCAACUCGUGAUGAGCCACCUGACCGGGCAGCGUCUCCACGGGAAGCCCCUGAGGAUCACUUUGUCCAAACAUUCCAGUGUCCAGCUACCCAGAGAGGGCCAUGAGGAUCAGGGCCUGACCAAGGAUUUCAGCACCUCCCCCCUGCACCGCUUCAAGAAGCCCGGCUCCAAGAAUUACUCCAACAUCUUCCCCCCGUCUGCCACGCUGCACCUGUCUAAUAUACCCCCCUCUGUGGUGGAGGACGACCUGAAGAGGCUGUUCUCCAGCUCUGGAGCUGUCGUCAAAGCCUUCAAGUUCUUCCAGAAGGACCACAAGAUGGCUCUGAUCCAGCUGGGCUCUGUGGAGGAGGCCAUCGAGUCCCUGAUUCAGCUCCAUAACCACGACCUCGGAGAGAACCACCACCUGAGAGUGUCCUUCAGCAAGUCCUCCAUCUGAGAAGAACCAGCCUGAGGAGGAGGACAGAGGGGGAGAAGAGGAGGAAGGGGAGACAGAGGGAGGUGCUGACCAAUGAGGACACUGAGAUGGAUCAAUAAGAGUGCUCAUACUACUAGGACUGACCAGUCACAAUCACAGGUGAAACCAGAGAAUUCGAGAACCACCCAAUCGUGACACAGAUGGGGCUACACUGCAAAAGGAAUAUUUUCUAAAUGAUUUUUUAAGACUUGAAUUCAGAUCCAGAUCUCUUUAGGACACAUAUUAUAAGUGGUACAAGUGGUUUCUGAUGCCCAGAACAUAAUGGCCUUAUAAAUAGGAUUACUGAAACAAAUCUCACUAUGAAUGGGGUGAAAAGUCAUGUCCUAAAAAUGGCAUCUAUAAACAGAAAAAUAUCUAAAACUAAAAAAAUCUUUUACAACAAAAAAUCCUCCAAUUUAAAUAAUGAAUUACAGUCAUUUUCACAUUUUGAAAUAUUCUUUUUCACAGUGUAAACCAAAAUAUGAUGGGGGUGGGGCUGACCAGAAGAUACUAGGACCCACGAAUCACGACACAGGUGUGAGGGGGAGGGACCAAUCAAAGCGCACAAAACCAAAAACAGCCUGGGACUCAAAACAGACACUACUUUUGACCAAUGAUCAUGCAAUGACCACCCGGAUUGACCAAUCAGGACUCAGAGAGGACUUGAACGGACCAAUCGGCUGCUGCGGCCGCGCCCACUACACUCCACAUUCCAGUGCAUGUUUGCAUCGACCAACGUGAAGUCUGUGUAACUUUAAAUUAUUUUUCUAUUGUAUUUUAGUUUGUUUUCAAGAGUUUUAAAAAGACAAGAUAAACAUGUAAAUGCGGGUUAGCCUCAGAUGUGUGAAAGUUGGAAUUUGAGGUUGAUCCAACUUGUUUUUUGGAGUUUUGGGGGUUUGACGUCAGGAUUUAAAGAGCAGGAAUCCUUGCUGUUACCUGUAGCCACUCUUGCCUUGGGCUUCUCUCUGGACUGGAGAGACAAAGUUACAUGUGAGAAAUGUACACGCAACCAAAUAUUACUAGUUUGCUCCAAUUUAUUUAGAAAAGUGCAGUGGUCCAUAGUUACUCCUUUCUUACCUUAUGCAUUCUGAACAUCCUAAUUCACAAUGAGCGCUUUUCACACCUGCCAGAGGCAACAACUAACAUGGUAACAGCGUAUUUCCUGAUUAUUGGACUAAAACAUUUUAGAAUUAGAUGCAGUGGAGAGUACGUUGACCUCAAGACAAAUUUAGCUGAAAUACAUGGGAAAGAAUUGGGUAUAGGCCCUUUUAAGGUACAGAAAUGUUGUCUUUAUGUCUGUCAAGUUAGCUAGAAUUAUGUAGUCUACAAGAUAUAUACAGAUAUUAAAAUUUAGCAUAUCUUUAUAACAAAAUUUUGUCAUUUUCAAGAGUAAAAAAUGCAUUAUUAUAUUACUAUCUAGCAUGCACAUAGCUAUAAAUGCAGACAGAAGUGGGUGCAACUUGACAAUUUAAAUACUAUUACUGCAAUAUAAUAUUAAAUAGUUUCAUUAUUUAAAAAGUUGCUUAAGGAAAACUUCACUAGUAGUAUUACAGUGCUGCUUUUUUUUACAAUUAAUUAAAAUACACAUGUACAUUGUGCCUAAACCUUAUGACUGUUACUUAUAUUAAAUAUUGAAUGUAGCUUAUUGGUUUCAACUAUAAACCAAUUCAAAAUGUUACUGAGCAGACAAUUUGAUUUAGGGAAAGUUUGGGUCUCUUUUAUUUAAAUUCUAAGUGUUUUAAUUAGUUACAAAUGGCUAACAAUACACACUUAAUCAAACAUGCAUGAAUCAUUUCAAUUGGAUCCUUGAAAUUGGAGUAAAUAAUAUUGAGUUGUGUGUACAUUUGCGUGCGAGUUUGAACUGGCGCUGUCUGAUCGUUCCCUGUGCCUUAGCCCUGAGCGGACCGUGUCUCCCAUGAUGCCGCAGGGCAGGUUUACAGACAGUUUACUUUACUGUGGCUUUAUUUAACCUGUGUUUAUGUUUUUAGCGUAGCGUCUACACAACUGUUUUUAGGGGAAUCUGAUCUCAGGACCAAGUGGAAGAUGACUUUGGAAUUUGGUGUAGUUUUUACAGUUUCUACAAACAAGAUUCUAGGAUUAGUUUAGCAGUUCAUAUUUCAGUCUGAUCUCGUGCAUUGCAAAAAGAAUCAAGUUUUUUUAAUUGUAAAUUGAAUUGCGAAAUUUAUUAGAAAAUUGCUGUUGCAUAUUUUCCAUACAUUUUAUUAUUAAUAGACCAGUUUUAAAGUUUGCUACUGCAACACAAAAUAUGGAAUGUACUUCAUCUAAAAGUAAAAAGAGUUAAAAAUAAUGAUUACAUUUUUUAACCCAAAACUUUUAAAAAUAAUUUCUAGUUAUGUUGAUUUUGGAUUGGUGCCAACAAUACCUGAUAAAGUACUAGGGCUGUGCUGUCAAUCAAAUUUCAAUCAUGAUUACAAAUAUUGCUCCGAUCAGUUAUAAAGAGUAUGGAUGUUAAUAUGUUGCUUAAUUUUUACUUUCUUAAAAUUAUGGAAAACCGAACUAGAUCUUUUUAAAUCGUUUGCAGUGGUCCACACUUACCCCUAUGCAUUGAGAGCAUCCUAAGUACUCACCACGAUGAGCUUAGAAGUGCUUUUCUCAACUCUGACACCAGUGUGAAGUUUUGCUGUCACUGUAAUGCUAACAACAACUAGCAUGCAAACUGCGCACUUAUUUUAACCUGAAGAGCUGCUUUAACAAUAUAUAUGUACUGGGGCAAGACACAUUUUGCUCAAAUACAUGGUGAUUUUAACUAUCACCCAAAUAUUUGUAUUCAUACUUUAGCAUCUACUUGUUAUUAACACAGAAGCGCUAACCACUCUGCCACUUGAUGACCAGAUGCUUAAAGUCCACGUUCCUCUUGAUCUUGAGAGCUUUAAUUUAAGGUUUUUAGGGGGUUAGUUCUUGUCGUAUGCAAUCAUGUUUUAUUCCAAUCAUUUAUCGUAGCAAUAUUUACCAUUCCUCUGUUACGGUGUCGUGUUUUUAACGUAUUUUGGACUUUGGUUUUCUGUCGUAAUCUGCUGGACUCUUCGUGUUCGACGGUUUUUAUUUAUUAGGAUUAAGAAGACUCCACAAAAGCUGAGACCAAAUAGGCCUUCUCCUUCUUUCUCUCUCUCCCCCCCUCCCCUCUGUUUCUCCUCCUUUCUCUGUCUCCACCUUUAUUGUAUCUUAAACGGUCUCUUCGCCGCCCUCUUCUCCCUCUUUACACACCCCUCUGUCUCUCACUUCCUUUAUCUCCCUCAUUCUUUCAAUUUUCUUCUUUCUACCCCCUCAACCUCUCCCCUCACACUCUCUACUUCCACGCACUCUCUCUCUUAUAGCCCUUCUCCCGUCUUUCUCUGCCUCUUCUGUCUUUACCCCCUCUUCCUUCUUUCCCUCCUCCCUCUCUCUUCCAACCCCCCUCCCCUGUCCCUGUCUUCCUCUUUCUUUCUCCCUCUCUUCCCCUCUUUCUUUCUAACCCUCUCUCACUCUCUCUCUCUUUCGUAGAUGCAAAUCGCUCUCAGGAGUACCGAUUCAUUUUGUUGAGACAGUGCCUUUUUCAAAUGCCUUUGGUUUAAAAUCGUACGUGUUUUUUCAUUUUUCCUCUUUUUUUUUCGGCUUGAGUCCUGUUUUAGUUUUUCCGAGGCAAAAACCCAGUGGAAAUACAGUGAAAAGAUGUGACGUUUGAAACUCACUUUGUCCGAGUGAGCAGUGAAGGCAGCACGGGGCAUUCAGGAAGCACCCGGGACAAUCUGAACUUUCCAAAAUGGUUUCUAAUGAAGCUUGUGUACUGCUGAAAGAGGCCAGUGAAUUUUUUAGAUUUUUAGAUUUUGAAAUUAUUCUCAACUUUGACACAGAUUCUAGAGUAAUUUUGUUGUGAUAAUUUAAAUUUUCAGCCGUGAUGGUGCUAGCAAAAUUUUGUAGGAGCAUGUCAUGACAAAAACUGACAUUCUAUAAUUAAAAUUUAAAGUGCAUAUGACGGGUUUUCAUGGUUUUCUAAUUAAGACUUGGUUUGGUGGGAUAGCACCUGUGGGGGAUAUUUAUUAUAGUCUUACAUCAGUGCAGUGGCAGUUUGUGGGGCAAAAAAGUAAAAAAAAAAUAAAAAAUUCCAUGAAGUAGCACUGAUUUGUAAAACAGAAUCCCUCUCUGUCGUCAUCAACACCAAAAAAUCCACCCAAAGGAAGUAAAAUUAUAAAAUUUAAAAACGAGACAAGAUUCUUAGUACAUUUUUUACAUAUGAUAAUACGAAAAUAUGAACAGUGUUUUUGUGAAAUGAGUAGUCUAACCUGUCAGAUGCACUUUAAAAAAAUAAAAAUUGCAUUGUAAAUAACAUUCAAUUCAAUUUUUGUUUAUAUAAUACAUAAAAUACACCAGAUGUCCGCUGGUAACAUCUCAAUUUCAGUUUCUCCGCUUAGAAUCAACACAAAAAAAUCACUUGCUUUGAUUACAUGGAAAAUUCUCCACAUAUUCUAAAAUGUUAACUCGAUAUUUCACAUUUAUCUUAAAAGUUUCACCAAAGCUGAGUGUCUGUUGGCCAGGUCAGUGAAGGCCCCGUGCUGCGUUCAGGACCUGUAGGAGCUGUACAUACUGCCUGCGUGUGCUAUGCGUGUGCUAAGCGUGUGUGUGUCUGUGGGUUUCAUGUGUAUAUUUGGAAGAACCGUUCUGAGCCUUACAGUUCAUGUCACAGAAGAAUAAAGAGCUUUUUAUGGAAAACUCAAA